AUGGCGACCGGACGCGGCCGGCUUCUGCAGCGGCAGUGGCUCGGUCUCCAGGAGCUGCGCCUGCCUCUCGGGGGCUUUGGCGCGGCCCCCGGGAGCGACGGGUUCAGGAGCGGGCCAGGUAUCGAAGCUGGUGCAUCCUCCGCUCCCGGGGAGCAGCAUGCCCGGCCCGAAGGGCCCCGCGGGAGUCCCUGCUCGGACUGCCCCGCGUGGCUGGACAGCAUGCCUUCGGAAGUCCUGCUGCAGAUUCUCUCCUACUUGGAUGCUGCCGCCCUGCUGUGCGUGGGCUGUGUGAACCGGCGCUUCUAUCACCUGGCCAAUGACAAUUUUAUUUGGAUCAGAAUCUACUCAUCCGCCUUUUCACUUAAAAGAUAUAAUUGGAGGGUCGAUGCAGUGGAGGAGACAGCUGAGUCUGUGAACUUAUUGUCGGUUGAGGAUACAGAAGCUGGCUAUUGGAAGAAAGAAUAUAUCAUAAAGCAGAUAUCCUCUCUGAAGGAGGCUCUGGUUCCAGUCCUCAAACCUGUCAACCAGUACACGGGCCUCCCAGCCAAAACCAAGGAGGCCCUCAGAAUGUCUGGCCUAGGAUGGGUAAUCAUACUGGAAGAAAAAAGUGGAAAAGAGUACAUCAUGGAGCAUGUUGAUCUUUACAUGAACGAUUCCUCAGUUACGAUCGUCUGGUACGGCAAAAACUGGCCCUGUCUGACCACAUUGUCUACCUUAGAUUUGUGUGGCGUGACACCGGUUUUUAGGGACUGGCCCAAACCUCCCACCAAAAACGCGCCUCGGUGGCGGUCUCUGGUGGCCAGGUACAGUCUGAGCGACAUAGCUGACUCCACGGCGAUCGGCUGCGACCGCUUGGUUCGGAUCUUCCGCCUGGACCCGGGCCUGCUGGUGGGGCUGUGGAAGAGGAAGGAAGAGCUGGCUUUUGUCAUGGCAAAUCUGCACGUCCAUCACCUCGUGGAGCGGAGCAUACUAGGCUCAGCCAUUGUCCCCUACGAGCUGCUUCCUCAGGCCCGCCUCCUGGACGACAGCCCCGGGUACGGACUGCACGGGUACCAGCUGCACGUGGACAUGCACAGCAGCGGGGUGUUCCACCUGUGCAGCACCUUCCACAACCUCUUCACCAACAAAGGAUGCAUUGAAAAUGGGCGCGUGAAGCUCACUGUGAUACAUUUUCAAAACAGCACGGAGCACCUGCCUCUCGUCGGGGAGGUCGGCCUCUCCUGGAGAACCGACAUUGCUGACGGCUGCGUAAAGAGUUGCUCUAUAAUGGAUGUAACUGUUCUGGAUGAGUAUGGGAAACCCUUCUGGUGUUUCAGUUCCCCGGUCUGCAUGCGAGCGUCUCCCAGGCCCCCCGACGACCCCCACUUCGUGGGACAGACCUCCUGCAUCGACUGCACGGACACGGCGGGCGCACUGCACAUGGAGCUGGCGUGGAUCAAGGAGACGGAGGAGCACUUCGUCGUCAGCCUGGUGCUCUUCCUCGGGCUGGCGGGGGUUGGCCGCUGA